AUGCAGGUCGAGCACACGUCCCAGCCGGACUUUGAGAGGACCGUCGAACCAGCCGCCUCUGCGGACGAGAACGACGACGAACACGACAACGAGAUGGCAGCCAACCAGGAUCUCGUCGACUCGGUCAUCGCCAACCUGGCCGUCGCAAGAGAGCCCGUUGCCGUCAUGACCCUGCACUCCAACGCCCGCACGCAGCAGGAAAACAAAGAAAGUGUCGAGGCCUACGCUAAGAUUGCCGGCCGCGACUGGACCUACUACGUCAAGACGCUGCAUGUCAACAUCGGACGCCCGCCAGACCGCGACCAGAGGCUCGAUGCCCAGUCUUCCCCCAUCACCGUCGCCGCCCAGGCCCUGCCGGACGUUCACAUCGAUCUCGGACCGGGCAAGUUUGUCUCCCGGCUGCAUGCAGAGAUAUACUACGACCGCGACGACCCGCCGUGCUGGCGCGUGAGAGUCAACGGACGAAACGGCGUACGGGUUAACAACACCUUCUACAAGCGUGGAACGGCCACCCAGAUCUCCUGUGGCGACAUCCUCGAGAUCGCCAAUACCCAGAUGAUGUUCGUCACGCCCAGAGACAAGGCCGUCAUCGACCCGGCGUUCAUCCAGCAGGCCCAGAACGGCGUCCAUACCACCCGUGAAACAGACGAGACCGCCUGGGAUGGAUCGUACCAUUCACACCCAACCACUGCCAACGCCGGUACCAGUUCCAGUGCUGGUGCCGGUGCCGGAGCACCCCGUCGUAUGUCCUUUGCUCUCAACAGUAGAGAACCGGCCGAUACUGCCUCUGUUUCUGCUGCUGCGGCUAACUCUACUGGAGGUGCUGCCACAGCCAACGGCAGUCGUCGAGCGGCGGAGAUUGCAAACGCGGCCACCGUUACUCCCAAGCGGCAGACGACGCCCUCCCAACGUCCACUGUCGCGAGAUACCAUUGAACCAUCGUCCAAGGUCUCCCCCAUGUACAACCGGGGCCUGAUGAUGGAAAGUACCGAGGAGAUCGACUACAGCGAGGACGCGGCCAAGGAUAUCAAGCCACCAUUCAGCUACGCAAACAUGAUUGCUCAGGCCAUCUUCUCCACCGAGGAAGAGAAACUGUCCCUGAGCAACAUCUACAAGUUCAUCAUGCAAAAGUACGCCUUCUACCGGCACUCGCAGUCCGGUUGGCAGAAUUCCAUCCGGCACAACCUAUCUCUCAACAAGGCCUUCCAGAAGGUACCUCGUCGCACAGACGAGCCUGGCAAGGGCAUGAAAUGGCAGAUCGUCCCUGAGCACCGCGAAGAGUACUGGAAGAAACAGGCCAAGAGGAGCGGACAGUCUUCCACCCCGGCAUCCCCCAUCGGCAAGGAGAGAGGCGGCAACAGCGCCUACCAGCCCAUCAACGGCCAUGUAGCCACCAACGUCGAGAAGAACAUCGAUGCCUCUGCUGCUGCCCUCGCAGCCAGACCAUCUCCCCAGGCAAACACUACAGCCUCACCAGGCUAUCACUCCUUCUCAGUCGCCCCCAUCGAAGCAUACACGCCAGACCGCGGCUCCCGAAAUGGCCUUGGUAUCAACGGUGCGGGCACACAUGACUUUGACGAACAGUCUCCGUUGCCCAACGGUCCACGCAACAAUGCACCAACACGGCCCUACGGUCUGUCUGACAAUGCUGUUGCUUCUCCUCCAGUUCUCUCCUCAUCAUACUAUGACGACGCUGCCUCGUCAAUGAUCACUCCCGCCCCCCUACGCCAACAGCCUCGUCUUGCUCCUCCAAGUACCGCCCAGGUUCCUUCACGCUACAUGCAACUCAGCUCGCCAGCUCAGUUCUGGAAAUUAGCCGACACAGGUAACACUCCUGCCAGGCCAAUGCCGGACAUCAGCCCGCUUAAGCCCUCCAUCGGCACCUCUGAGUCCAGUCGCUGGAAGACCCUCAACCCCAUCCCAAGCAGUAGUCCACCACCAGCCAAUCUAGGCAGCCCAACUAAACCUCCUACUUCUUCCCUCAGGGGUCGCGGUGGUGUCUCUCCUCUAGGACGGGAUGUGCGUGAGCGGGAGAGCAGCACUAUCAAGCGUCACCAGGAUAGCUGGGAUGAAGAUGAUGAUGACAACGAUGGUGACGACACUGGCUUUGAUCUUGCUAGGUUUGUCCCCCUUCCUUCCAAUGCUAUAUGUGAACCAGUAUACUAA